AGAAAAACAGACAUGCUCUGCAACGACUGAAAUUUGGCUCUUCGUCGACCUCUUCCUCCUCCUCUUCCUCCUCCCGCUGCCGCUAUUUCGUUGGCUUUUUCUUGAUUUUGUUUCUCUGGUGGUUGGCCGCUUAUUCUUCCAUUCGCAUCUUCCCCCCUUCAUUCAUCAAAAGAUUUCGAAACCUUUUCCAGAAAAAAGAAGAAAAGGAGGAGCGAUUACCAAUUUGUUUGACCCACUACCAAAAGAGAGAAUCGGUUGAACCGGAAUUCCGUCUCCAUGAUACGAGGCAGCUUUUUACAAAUUGCUUUUAGGUUUACCCACUUCUCUCUCUCUAUCUCUAAGUUGGGAAAUGGGGGGCCAUAGAUUUCAGGGGGUCGAUUAAUCAGGCAAUUUCUCGACACAUUUCGGGGCCUGGUUUCGAAAUUGAGAGCUCGAUGUUCAUUUCUCUGAAUGGCGUGAUCUUCGAGGCUUAAUUUGUUUGAUGUAUAGUUGAGCUUUGGAUAUAACGUGUUUUCUCUCCCGAGAUUUUCUUUGGUUGAGAAAUCUUUUUGUGUUUUGUUUCUCAUCUGGAAAUGACGACCAAUUUGUUGGAAAUGCAAGAACCGAGUAUUGAUACGGAUAAGUUGAGCUAUGAGAUUUUUUCAAUUCUCGAGAGUAAAUUCUUGUUUGGCUAUGACGAUCAGAAGCUUUGGAUACCGAAGCAGAUCUCUCCGGUUAUUGAAUCGAUGCCUGAGGUUCAUCCCCGGCCGGAAGCUCAAGCGGACGCCGUGAAUGGCGUUUCGGCGAUUAAGAAUCAAAGGGGGAAAAUCUGCAUUCUGAGCAUCGAUAGCGGUGGCAUGCGGGGGAUUCUUUCCGGUAAGGCUUUGUCGUAUCUUGAACAAGCUCUCAAGACGAAAUCCGGCAAUCCGGACGCUAGAAUCGCUGAUUAUUUCGAUGUUGCCGCCGGGGCUGGCAUUGGAGGUAUUUUCACGGCGAUGCUUUUUGCGACCAAGGACCAGAGCCGUCCAAUCUACAAUGCGGAGGAGACGUGGCGGUUUCUCGCCGAGCAAGGGAAACGAUUCUACCGUUCGUCUUCAAGUCUCGGCAACGCCUUUCUCCGACGGCUACGAAAACCUAGCGGCUCUUCCUCCUCCGCCACUGCUACUGCCACCGCCGGUUUGGAGAAGGCGAUGAAAGAGGCAUUCGAAGAGAACGGCAGAACGUUAACGCUUAAGGACACUCUUAAACCGGUUCUAAUCCCUUGCUACGAUCUCUCCAGUACGGCGCCGUUUCUAUUCUCCCGAGCCGACGCUCUCGAGACAGAGAGCUUCAAUUUCCGGCUAUGGGAGGUCUGUCGAGCCACAUCAGCCGAACCAGGCGUGUUCGAACCAGUUCCAAUGCAGUCCAUCGACCACCAAACACAGUGCCUCGCCGUCGACGGUGGAUUAGCCAUGAGCAACCCGACGGCGGCGGCGAUCACGCACGUGCUGCACAAUAAGCAAGAGUUCCCAUUCGUGCGAGGGGUUGAGGAUCUUUUGGUUCUGUCUUUAGGGACCGGUCAACUGUUCGAGGUGAAUUACGAUUACAAUGAAGUGAAGGGCUGGAAAGCGAAGCAGUGGGCUCGACCCAUAGCUCGAAUCUCCGGCGAGGGCGCGGCCGACAUGGUGGACCAAGCGGUGGCCAUGGCUUUCGGCCAGUGCAAGAGCAGUAAUUACGUGCGAAUUCAGGCAAAUGGAUCCAGCAAUGUUAAGUGCAGUCCCAAUGUGGAAAUAGAUCCAAGCCCUAGCAAUGUAAAUAUGCUGCUUGGAUUAGCAGAAGAGAUGCUGAAACAGAAGAAUGUUGAAUCUGUUCUGUUUGGAGGGAAGAGGAUUGCAGAGCAGACUAAUUAUGAGAAACUUGAUUGGAUUGCUGCAGAGCUUGUUCUUGAGCAUCAGAGAAGGAGUUGCAGAAUAGCUCCUACUGUUGCUUUCAAGCAAGUGCUACCCUCCUCAAACCCAUAGAGAGAUAAACUCCAAGAGAUAGAAGAAGGGAAAAUGAGACGAGAUGUCACAGAAAGAAGAGAGAGUAUUAAUAUUAUUAUUAAUAUUAUUAUAAAAUUGUAUGUGGAAUUGAAGGAAAAGGAGAGGGACAAAAUGGUCAGAAAAGGGUGAAAAAAUCUUAGUGGGAUACUUUGCCUGCCUAAGGCAAGGCAGUGUGGUGUCCACUCCACCCUUUGUUCUACAAUGGCCAACCUUCUAAAACAACCAAAAAAAUAUUCAGAUCUCAAAGCUGUUUUGCAA